UUCAAAUAAAUAAAAUUGAAUAUUUUAAAACCCAAAGAAAAAAAAAAGCAGAAAAAUCAUGAAUCCUAAAGUAAUAUUACUGUUAAGUGGGAAAAGAAAAUGUGGCAAAGAUUAUCUCACUGAUCAACUAAAAAACUUGAUUGGCGAUAAAUGCGAAAUUGUUACAAUAUCAAAACCAAUAAAGAGUCAUUGGGCCAAGGAGAAAAAUUUGGAUUUAAAGGAUUUAUUAAGUGACAGUGCUUACAAAGAGACUUACAGGCUGGAAAUGAUCAAAUGGAGUGAUGAAAUUAGACAAAAAGAUUAUGGCUACUUUUGCCGAGCUGCCUGUGAAAAUGCCACUCUAAAACCAAUUUGGAUUGUCAGUGAUAUCAGGCGAAAAACUGACGUGAAAUGGUUUAAAGAGACAUAUGGGGACAUUAUACGGAUAAUAAGACUGACAGCUGAUGAGGAGACAAGAAAAGAGAGAGGGUUUGUGUUUCAAGAUAGUGUAGAUAAUGUUACAUCGGAGUGUGACUUGGAUGACUACACUCAGUGGGACUUAGUCAUCGACAAUGGAAAAGACAGGGAGCCACUCCAGAAACAAUUGGCUAGCGUUUUAUCUUUAAUGCCAGCUGGGUUAGCAUGACCAGUCAAAAUGUAAAGGAAUAGGAAAGCUGAUAGAUUUUUGGGACAAAAUGACAUUCAUCCUUUGCUUAUCUGUCACUUUAUCUAUUCUGUUAUAGAAAAAACCUUAUUAUUAUUAUUUAUGCUAAGCAUGCUGAGGUGACUUUGGUGAACUAAUAUUAUGGUGGUAGGAAUUUUCUACACAAGAAUAUCUUACAUUCCAUUGUACCAUAGCUAUAAUAGGAAAUGACUAAAUAAUGAGUCAGGAAACUGAAUAAAUUAUAAGGCUGAUUGUUAUGUAUUAUCGCACAAUACUAAUACAAAUUAGAAUUUAUAAGAAGAAUUGAGGCUAGCAAUUUUUAUAAUGGAUGAUAUAGAUUAUUUUUUUGUAAUCUUCCAUCAAUAUAGGUGUUAUAAUGGUAUUUGAAUGGUCUCUGGUUAGGUUAUUUAAGUAGGUAUUAAGGGUAUUGUUUUAAUGCUGCAGGUAAGCACAAAAUGGAGUACAUGAUAUUAUAAUAUAGUUAUUAAAAAUAUAUUUAUUCAGUGAUAAGGUGGCUAAGAAAAUGGAAAAAUUAAAGCAUAGUAUUAGUAGAUUUUUCUACAAAUUAGACUCUCAGACAUUAUGUUAUUAGAGGUUAUAAGGAUAAUUUGAUUAACCGAUUCAGUUGCGGAUGACACGGCAGCCGUGUCAUUUAAAAAACUGUUGUAUCUCCCUCAAAUUACAC